AGGUCUUUACGCUCAUAGCGUUAUUUUGAACGAGAAUGCCGCAAAUGAAAGGCAACAUCGAUCCUUCUCAAAUCGACGUACAGCCUUCUUCGUGAGCAGCAACCAGUUUAGUGCUAGAAUCAACAUUUUAAAGGAAUGACAUAGUAUCAUACUUGACAAACAAUUGUGACGUCAUCUAUCAAUAUUAAGUGGGAUUCAGACAACAGAAGAGGACCACACGCCGCACAAUGGUCAACCAAAUCUCCCUCUUCCUGGCCUGCUUCCCGCUCCUUGCCAUGCAGCUGGUGGCGCAGGACGCUAGCCUCGCUGACGUCCAGGACCUCAGCACCAGGAAUUCCGACUUUGCCACCCGUCUGUAUCGCGCCAUCGCCAGCAGCACGGACGACAACGUCCUGGUGUCUCCCAUCACCGUGUCCCUGGGCCUGGCCGCUCUGAUGAGCGGUGCAGACGGAGCCACGCGGGAGCAGCUCUCAGAGGCCCUCAGUUUCAUGUCUAUGGACAUCCAGAAGAUUCCAGGUCUCUUUGAGAGUCUCCAGCUGAGCCUAAACCAGAACGGUGAAGUCGGUUUGAAGCAGGCCGUCGGCGUAGCUGUCGAUCAGAAGUUCACCGUGGCGGAAGAUUAUGACGGGCUAGUGCAGAACAAGUAUGGUGGGAAAGUGGUGAGAGUGGACUUCAGCAGCCCAGAGGCUGCCAGGACCACCAUUAACACUUUUGCUCAGAGCAACACAGGUGAGCAGGUGAAGGAUGUGCUGAGCGCCUCACCGGACGCUGCGACCAAGGUGAUGCUCGUGACCGCCGCCUUCUUUCAAGUUCCUUUCGCCCUCGCCUUCAACGCAACCCUCACCCAGGACGAGCGCUUCUACGUGGACAAGUACCACAUCGCCAUGGUGCCCAUGAUGUUCCGCUCCGACAAGUACCACCUGGCCUACGACCCCUCCCUCAAACUGGGUGUCCUGAAGCUGCCCAUGUCCGGAGGCGCCGCCAUGCUGGUCCUGCUGCCCGACGAGAACACCGACUGCACGGCCCUAGAGGAGGAAAUCUCUGCCGACCGCUUCAAAGGCUGGGUCAUGAAGCUCAAGAGAACGAGGCUUGAGGUCCAGCUGCCCAAGUUCCUGCUGGAGCAGUCAUACUCCCUGAAGGGUGUUCUUCCUGCCCUGGGCAUCCAAGACACGGAUAAUUUGUCUACCAUCGGAGGAGUUCAAGAAGACUUUAUGCUCUCUGAGGUUGUGCAUAAGGUAGCCAUCACCGCGGACGAAACAGGCGGCGCCCCAGGCGGAGGAAUGGAUAUGUUGACCAGCCCUCCUCCUCGCCUCACCAUCAAUCGACCCUUCCUCUUCCUCAUUUACCAUGAGAUGACCAGCAGCAUCCUCCUGAUGGGAAGGGUGGUGGACCCCACCAAGAAGUGACCGCUGGAAACAGCCUAAUUUAUUAACAGCUCACUCAUAUUGUUUUGUCAUAUGUAUUUUGAUGAUUUUUGAAAUCUGAGGGCACUUCAAAGGAUCAUCCAGGAGGUAUUGUGGCGUUCGUAUACAUUUUAAUUAAGGAUGAAAGGUAUGCCUUUUAACGUUUGUUAUUUUUUUGAUCAUCACUGAAAUAUAGUCCUGUUUUGACAAUGCUACUAUGUAUCUAAAUUAAUCUACGUAUGUUAAUUCAAGUUAUGCUCAUUAAAAACAGACAUAUUCAAUAUAAGGUUUAUUGAUUGGGUGUUCAAGGUUGGCGUGGGCGGUUCACUCAGGUGCUACACAGCACCAGGCACAAUCUCAUUGGUGGAAUGGAGAAUUUCCAGAACCAAUUACAUGUGUAGGAAAGGUGAUGGAUUGUGUAAUCAUAAAAAUACAUAGUGCUUCUUGUAGCCACUUGGAAAAUAUAAAACAUAAAGAAAAGACUUUUGCAAAGCAUGCUAUAAUACAGAAAUCAAAUGUGCCCAAUAAAUAAAAUACAAAUAAAAUACA